AUGAUCUAUUCCACAAUUCUAGUAACCUUUUUAUUCACUCAAUCGGCAAGAUCCCCGCACCCUAGUAUGGUGAGUAUGGCUGGACACGGAGCCACUGCUACGGAUACUGCUAUGGGUGCUACCCAGAUGUCGCACUUGACUGCGAGUCCGCUCUUAACUGAUGCAAAAUCGGCACAUAUCGCGGAAAACCUUCAGGACAGUCAGCAUCUACUUCAGCAGGCUCACGUAGAUUCCAGUCAUGUGGAAGCAAAAUUCAAGCCGGUAGAGGCGCAUCCAGAUGUUCAAGUGAACCCGAAGGGUCUUGAGGCGAAUCACCUCAGACUCAUGAAGAAGCAGGGGAAAAAAAUUAAAUGGUCUCUGAAAAAGAUGAUGAAGAAAUUUGGAUGGAAUCGGAUGACGAUUAAGAGCACCAUAGUGCCCCCGAUGGAAGACACGGAUCGUCUCAAACUUGCCAAGUCUUAUGUGAACGCAGAUGGGGAUCGGGUUUUCGUCUUCGACAAUGAUGGUACAUUCAAGCCGUAUAAAGGGGAGAAUAGCGCCGAAAACAUUGCGAGGCUCGACAAGGCGUUGCUAAAGCUCCUUGAGGACCCCAAAAAUGAAGUUUGGUUCGUCACGGCACGAGAUGUAGGUAGACUCGAACAAACCUAUGGUCAUAUUCCUGGGAUAAAUAUGGUCGGUAAGCAGGGGAUGCAAUUCAGCAAGAGAAACAAGGCGAAGUUAGUGCUUCCGAGUACAGAACCCAUGGAAAGGUUUCACGCAGAAUGUGAAGCGUUGGCUGAGAAUGCAAUUAAACUCUACACAGGAAAAGCAUAUCCAGAAGCUUAUAGGACCCGGUUAAUACUUCCUGUUAGAGAUGAAAAAUUAAGGCCUGAGAUUGAAAAGGCAGCCCAAGAGGUGGAAGAAAAGAUGAAAAAGUUUAUUAGUCAUCACCCAGAUGGAAAAAUGUACGAUGUAGUUGUUCAAACUCACCGCCGAGAAGGCAAUGAACCGCCGAAAGUUGAAGUCAGGAUAUUUCACAAAGAAGCCAAUGACAAGGGAUUUGUGGCUAAUUUAUUGCUUGACCAACGGAAACCGGAUUUUGGAUUGUCCAUGGGAGACAUGAGUAUGGACGAGCCAAUGCAUAAGGCAAUGAGAGAAAAUGGCCACCACGCUAUUCUUGUAAAGGACGAAAAUCCACGACCCCCCGACGAAACUGAAGCCCCAUGGGAUUCAUAUGCAUCUCACAGUUUGGAAAGUCAUGAAGACGCUAUCACCCUCCUUGAAGACUUGUCAAAUUCACAGUCCGCGGUCAAAGCUGCUAAAAAGGUGUCACUCAAGGUACGAAUACAACAGGUUUGGAAAAAUUUCAUGGAAGCAUCCAGCUCAUUUUUUGAAAAACUGAAGCAAAGACUGAUCUGGAAUCGAGGGGGCAAAAAUGAUCCCAAAUAG